UACCCAGAUUGUAAAGAAGAAACUAUUAUCUUAUGUGAAUCCGGAUUUGAAGAUGAAAUCCAGUAGCCACACCAGUGUUGUUACCGGUGUGGCAGUCAUUACAUACCUUAAAAGUUAACAAAUAAGAUCUAACAAAGAACACGAGUCGCUGAUGGGCGUGAGGCCACUGUGUUGGGAGACAGCUGCCUUGGUGAGACAGCUGUGUUGGUGAUGGCUGGACGACUGUUGAGGGUAGUGUGUGGUGGUGUGAGGGCCAUUGUGGGUGGUGACGUCCUCAGGACUGCAGCAUCACCAGCUUUCCUCACCAGAGCACUCCAGCCUCUCACAGGCUGUGAACAAAAGCGUGGUUAUGCCAUGAGGUUGGAGCUGACUGAACAUGGUAUUGUUUGGCGUCGACCUGAGUAUGUGCCAUCGUGGAAGCCCGAGAAGUCUGGCGACUUGGAACCUCACAAGGAUCCAGAUGAGACAUUGCCUCGCCUCUGCACUCUGCCAACCAAGAGUGUGCUUGAUGAGGUUGAUGAUGUGACAAAGCAACUCUUGUCCUUGAAGUUCAGUUCUCAUAAGGAGUUUGUAAAGAUCAAGAAAUACGAAACAAUGAGAAGGAUUCAGCGACACCAGUAUGACACAAGCUCAAUGGAGGUGAAAAUUUCCAUGUUAACUGUGAAAAUCCGUAAUUUGCAGCAAGCCACAUUCCGAUGCAAAAAAAAUACCUUUGAGCGGGUUAGACUUCUAGAACUAAUAGAUCGAAGGAAGAAACUUUUGAAGUUCUUGAGACAUAAUGAUUACAAGCGUUUUGAGUGGCUCAUUGAAGAACUGAACAUCUUAUACAGACCACCACCAAGAUACUACCGAUGGAUAACGCGAAAAGCAUCCUUGAAAAAUCUCGUUCGAAUGCACGGGAUGGCAUUGAAAAAGAAGCGGCUUGCAGAAUACCAGAAAACCCUAGAGCUUCAGAAGGAACCCUUCCUAAGAGAAAAGGCAGAAACAUUGCAGUGGAUUGCUGAGACUGAGGCCAGUCUUGGGGUUCCUGUCACUGUUCCAGAAGACACCAGGGUGACAGCUAGUCAAACUUCUGACACAAAAUAAUAAAGUAUCAGUAUGAUGCAACCAUCUUGUUUGUAGCAAGUAAUAAGAAAUUAAUUUUUGCACCAUCAUAAUGUGUCUAUGGUAAGUAUACAGGGUGUCACAACAUUAUGUUAUAACUUCAUGGGCCAAUUCCUGGGGUCAUUACCAGUCAGAAAUGUAAUAUGAACAUUGGUCCAAUUCCCAAUGGCUAUGGAGCUAUACUAUGGGGAGAUGUAUGUACUACAUCAAGGGAAUUGAAAAAAAGGUGUUUUGACAUUUAAGGCUUGUUGGGUUUACACUGUGGUUACAAUUUACCAAGGUCAUGUUCACUGUAUUAAUUAUUCAUAGUGGCCACCUUUAGCUUGCACACACCUCUCACAUGCGAUUUUACAUGUUCACCCCAUACCUCCAUAACCAUUGGGAAUCAGACCAAAGUUCAUAUUAAAUUUCUGACUAGUAAUGAGCCAAAGGAAUCAGCCCUUGAAGUUAUGACAUGACUUUGUGGUACAUCCUGUAUAUUAUUAUAAUUUAAAUGCUUUAGGAGUAUUUAAUAAGAGCUGUAGUUAAUUGAAAAAGCAAUGUAGAUAAUUUUAUAAAAAUAAAAUAUGUUCAUUUUA